AUGAGCGGUCAAGAAUCACUAGCAGAAGGUGGCCCACUAGAGACCAUGAUAGUCAUCUCUUCGGCAGCAGCGUCGGGAACACGAGCAGGUGCCGGGGUGCUUGGAGACUCGGGCCGACUUUCUCAAGGGGUAGCACACUCAGUCAUUCGAUAUUUCUGGUUCACGCUUCCUUUUGCACUUGGGGCGCUACUCUGGGACGUCGCUUCCACAUCCACGGAACUCGUCAGUGGACUACUAUGGCUUCCCAAUAACGAGGAGGAGGGCAUCGGGGAACGAUUGAGUAGGAGGACGGUCAAGUGGGCUAGAGCGGGAAGAGCGUUCGCGCUGGCAGGUCACGCUUUUGCUGUCAUGGCCUUGUCGGUACUCUACGCUUUUGCAGACGGCGAUGCUCAAUUGCGCUGCGAUGUUUGGCCAAAGAUUGUCAUCAUGCUCGCAAGCCUGAGCCUUUGCAGCGCUACAGCUUGCUUUGCUUCUCGAGCCAUGACGGCCCCAUCUUUGGCGGUUGCAAGGAUCACCAUGACAGUGCUAGUUGUUGCUUGGAUUGUACAGCUAGCCGUCAGCAUGUCUGCUCUCUCAGCUUGGGCUGGGCUAUCGCAGCUUGCCGGCCAGCAGCCCGGCGCGUGCAGCCUCGUCGUUCAGCGCUGGAGUGGCCUCUUGUAUCUGCCUCCUCUCCUCAUGCUUGUGCUUUUGGCGGUAAUGCUCAUCUGUUCGUCGUUCAGACCAGACUCGCACAUCAGCUACAUGAGCGUAGAGUCCGUAGGCGCACCUCCCUUAAUCAGGCCCAGCAUUCCGCCGCGACGGUCGAGUCGCUCGGCCAGCAUGGGUCGCAACGAGCUGCGAUUUCCGCUAACGGGAUCUCAUCCACACUUGGACGUUUCGAUGCUCCCUGCCCGUUGGCAAGUGCUUGCCAGCUCUGGUACUGCGCUGGUAGGUAGCGAAGCCUUUGUUCGGGGUAGCGACGGUGUGCCCAACACGUCUUUGCCGGCAGGCUCACCUGAUGCGUCCGGCCCACGCUCGAGCUUGUCGCCCAACGCCACCACCUCGGUCAGCUCUCGAGAGGCGAUUUCUGCACUCGUCGUACGACCUCCCCUAAAGGCGACGCUUUCGGACAAGAUCAACCGCGAAAAGAGCUUUCUCAAGCUGGUCGAUGCGGUUCCAACACGACAAGCCAGCGAAGCAACCGAGAUUGCGAGGUUGAAUCUCGCAUGGUGGAUGAUUGCUUCGCUCACCCUCCUGGCCGGAUGCAUCAUCGAGUUCAUGGGUCUGUCGCCGCUGCUUUCGAUUUCCUUCUUGCCUUUUGCCGUUGCUAGUAUGCCAUUGUGCGCCUCCAAAGCCAUUCGUCCCUGGAUCAAGCCGCAUUUGGCUCAACCGCUAGCUCCGAUUCGCGCCUCGGCUGCUCCAACAGCGGCACGCCCAAGGGCAAACACUCUACUGACCAACACGCCACCAACACGAGAACGUGCGGGAUCGGUAGGUGCAUCGACGCUGCCCAGUCGACGCGACAUUCAUGCGCCUCCCGUCGUUGCACGCAGCACCUCUUAUCGUUCAGACAUUGGCGCCUCACCAUCUGGUGCAGAUACAUUGACCGCAGCGUCGAGUCCCGGCAAGAAUCAAUGCGCAACAGAGAAGCGCUCGUCCGCAAGCGCUUUGAGUGCCGUCCAAAAAGGUCUUGCUGCCGCCUUGGAAGGACCAUUCGCACCUAGCAAGGCCGGCUUCUCCCGCUGUGGAAAGUCCGGCUCGGACUUGGGGACCUCGGACCGCUUCACUGCGCUCCCGGGAGACAAGUUGGCAAAUAGCUCCCCGCGCGCCCGGAGAAAGUUCUUGCCCCUAGUACAGACGCCUGCUGUGGCGCAGAGCGACAUCGAAGGAGAUCGGUCCUCCGCACCGGGAAAGCAUGCCAGCUCGCACGACACUUCGCUGGAGGAGUGGUCAGAGCCUCGACGCUCGAGCGGUAGUGAGGCCGACAAGAAAGCAUUGGAUACGUCACCAGUUCCCCCGACGGCUUUCUUCAAGCAGGCCAAAGUUCUGACUCCUACUACCGAGGUCAGCGAGCCCAUGACGGAGCGCAGCAAGGACGCCAGCUUUCUUGAUAGGUCGGUCGACUCGCCCUCACAGCAUUCGAGAGCGCCCCCAUCCAUGCCUUGGCGCUCUGCACUCGGUUCGGUGACCGGAAGCGCCCAUGAUGGAGAGCAUUUGCCGAGCAUUCGUACUUUCGGAGGUUCCACGAGGCGUGAAUUGCCUGCAAUGUCCAUGAUCUCUGACGACAGCGCAGCCUCUCGACGUCAUCUGCAGAGACUUGGCGAGUCGCGAGAACACGAGGUACCUACUUGCAGUGACAACUUUCCGACUGCGAGCUCAGACUACUUUUCGCCGCCAUCUUUUGAUCCAAUGCCUGCACCGAGCAUAGACGAGACUGGCGCGUCGAAGAGCUUUGUUAUGGAGACACACCACAGCCCGAGCGAGAGCGUGCGCCAGCGAUUCGAUCAGUCUCGAGAUGAGCGCGUCUCGGAACUUCUUCGACAGGCAAAGGAGGGUGAUUCGAUCAACUUGACAGACAUGCCGAUCAACGAACGUCCAGAGUGGGCUGUGGCGAUGGAGAGAUCCAAAAGCGCCAUGACCAAUUCGUCGGCCGGGUCAGAUAUCGCCACUUUGGACGAGGAGACUCUUGCAAGCCUGCUCGACGAUCGCGGUUUUCUGCGAAACGACAAGCGAAGCUCGAAAGAUUUAAAGUUUGAAAGGAGACUCAUCAAGCGCGCCAUAGCAGCCGAAAAGGCCGUCGCAAGGUACAAAGCCGAAGCAGCGGCGGAGCAAGACUCGAAGAGAAGACGCGACAAGGUUUCAUCAGCAUCGUGGGACGGCGCUACGCCUCGGAAGAGCAGAGCAAAGGGAAAAGUCACGGUGAACACAGAUGCCGACGCGCCCCAGAGCGUCAAAGAGGAGGUGCGCAAAAGGCAAUUGCAAGAGAAGCCAAGCAAGACGACCGUCUUUACCAACAGCUCCGGAGAGAGCAAGCCCAGUCAAGCGUCGCAAGACAGCUCGGGCCGUUUGGCGCCUAGCUCUGGGACUGGAAACGGCAGCGGCUCUGGGUCUGGAUCUCAAGCCAGCGCAUCCGCAUUGUCCAUCGUUCCACAAAGGACAGGCGUGGGAGAAUGGGGUGGAUGGAAUAGCAGCGAAUUGCCCUUGCGAGGUCACGUCUCGAUGAGAGCCAGCUCUUCAGGCGGAGCGCCUGCUUCGGGAUCGCAUCCUGGCCGACUCGCGGACAGUGCACGAAAAGCCGGUCACCGGCUCUCCCUCGGCGCUGGUGGGUCUAGGCCAGGUGAUGCUCCAACGACGGCCGAAGCCAUACGCGGCGCUUCGGAUGCCAUCAGCGCAAAGACGAGAUUGACCGACGGUUCAAGAAACACGAACAGCUCGGCCGAGACGAACGCCGCCAAGUCUGUCGCUUCCGAUCAUAGUGCGAGUACCAGCGAGUGGGGAUCCGCAUCGCGGCGCCAAGCUAUACGCAACAAGAACCGCUAUUCCAGCGACACGUUUGGAGGAGAACAUUUGCGAUACUGA